GCGUUCUAUAAGCGACUCUCUUUGCGUCAUAGUUUCUUUUUUUGCGUUCAGUUAAAACACCUUAUUUCCCACAGAAAGCAGAAGUUUGGUGAUCACAUGAUCGUGUGUGGGGUAGAGGUGAGCGUGCGCGCGCUGCCCCUCAUCAUUACACGCGCUGCGCUACUCCACUGUAAUUUAAACGGUUAUGGCUGAAGUGUGGACACAUUCUUAACACAAUUUAGAGAUAUGAUGAAUGCAUCCACUAUGGCACGGAGCAUCUUGAUGACCAUGAAUGAGAGUAUGAAUGUGACCUGUGAAAUAUCUUAUGAAGAUGACCGCGUUCCUCUUAUGGUCCUCUACAUUGUGGUUUUUAUCAUCGGCUUGCCAGCCAACCUGGCCACGGUCUACCUCACCCUCCACCAGGUGUGUCGUAACAACGUCCUCGGCAUCUACCUGCUCAGUCUGUCCGUGUGUGACCUCACCUACCUCUUCACGCUGCCUUUAUGGACGGUGUACGUCAGUAGAAACCACGUGUGGCCCUGGAGCUCCAUGGCCUGCAGAGUGACUGGCUUCGUGUUCUUCAACAACAUGUACAUCAGCAUCUUCCUGCUGUGCUGUGUGUCUAUAGACCGCUAUGUGGCAGUGGUCUAUGCCAUUGAGUCUCGCGGCCUUCGCCAGAAAAGGGUCGCAGCUCUUGUGGCGUUUUCGACCUACAUGGUGGUGGGCUUGGCUCACGUGCCCGUCUUCAUCAUGUCCGAAGGCAAUGCUGCCGAAGGAAAUCGCCGUUGCUUUGAGCCCAGCCAGGGAUCAGCGAUAGUAAUGGGAUUCAGCUUCGCUCGCGUUUGCAUUGGCUUCUUCAUCCCCCUCGCCAUCCUGAUCUUCACCAAUAGAGCCAUUCUUGCCAACGUUCAGGCCAGCACGGGCCUCAAUCCUCAUCAGAAAGAGAAGGUGCGCUACCUGGCGGUGACUGUGGUGGCGUUGUUUUUGAUCUGUUUUGCUCCAUACCACAUUAUCUUGCUGCUGCGCGCCAUCAACUUCCACUUCUCCAAGCUGCAUGAGGAUUGUUACUUUAAACAGCACAUCUACAUGGCCUACAAAAUCUCUUUAGGAUUGUCAACAUUCAACAGCGCCGUCAACCCCAUUCUCUACGUGUUCUCCAGCAACAAUAUCCGUCAGGAGAUCAGAAAAAGCAUGGCGUCACUGUGCAACAAAGUCAGCUUGAGUCGGCGCUCCACGCACAGCAGCCAGCACAACAUGCACAGCUCUAAAAGCAAUUCAGACCCCGUCCCAACAAAGGAUGGUCAAAUGAGUACAACUUGUCCCUCUGCAAGCUAAGAUGCAUUGGAUAUUUUUUGCUUAUGACUUUGAAUAAAGACUAAUCAAAGUUGUUGAAUGAUCAAUACAACAACAGCUCGAAGUUCGACAGAUCUUGCAAUAAACAACAAAAAAGUGAAUUUCCUGUUUUCAUUAUGAUCACUUCACACCUCCGAAUCUACUUCCGUCACAUAAUGUUUCUAUAACACCCAGUCUGAGCUGCAGCUUCAGAAUACCUUGGACUCCUAUCUACAGAGCAUUUUCUCAAGAUUGUGUUGAUAAGCACAAACUCAACAGACAGGAAGAGGAAAUCUGACCCACUUUUAAAAUGAUUCACUUCACGUUUUGUUUUUGCAUGGCUUUUGUCUAAAAUCAGUCAUACCAAAAUAACUGUCACUGUGCAUGAAAGAAGUUCACAAAACAAAAUAUAAGAUGAGAUUGAGGAUAAUUCUCAGAAUCUCUCCCCAGAACUUCAGACAUAAUGUGGGAUGACAUUCUAUUUACUUGCUUCUAAGUGCCUCAGAACUGAUCUCAGAUUAAGUUCUACAAACAGGGUUCCCUCGCUUCUUGAUAGUACUUGAAUAUCAGACACAUGAAUUCAAGGCCUGGAAAGUACUUGAAAGCAAAUACAAGUUCUUGAAAGUGCUUGAAUUAAAUUUGUUUAGUAGAAGGGUGCUAUUUCCAAAAAUAGUCCUAUAUGCGCUGUCAAAGUCAAAACGAAACAGCGCUAAUGAUUUGGGGUUGAGAUGGGGUUAUCACGAGACAAAAACUGCACUGGAUUAACCUAUGGAGAUGCAGUGUAUUUGUUACUGAAAACUACUGCAUGCAACUAUGAAAAAAAAACAUUUUUAGGAGCACCAGCGACUGACCCGAUCAGCAUAUUUGUGUUUGCACACAGGGGAGCUUCAAAGGUUUUUAACUUAUUUACAACGUGUUUUUGCUGCAUUGCAUCUGUAAUGCAUCACAGACAAAUCUAUUGAUUCGUUGAACACAGUGUUAAUCAAAUUCCACUCACUGCUCAAACACCUGAGUUUUUAAACAAAUCUGAAUCAAUUACCCAUUCAUAAAGCCAAUCACUUGUUUCAUUCCUGAAUGAAUUAAUCAUUUGAACAAAUCAAUUAAAUUAAUGAUUCAGCGAUACACUCAAUCAUUCGCUGCCAUCUACUGGAAGUUUUACUUAAAAAAAAAUUUUUUUGACAGAAAAGAUUACAUACUUUUAAUAAAAAAACUAAAUUUCCUGUAAAUAACUUUGAGUCAAAUAUCAUAUCGUAAUGCGAAGGCUAAUAUUUGAUCAGGAUUUUUGAUUAUUGAUUAGAAGGUGCUCCUGAAAUUUUUGACUGUGUUUCACAUUUUUUCUACAUUUUAAAAGAAAAGUAAAUGUUAGAGCGCUGUUUAAUCCCUUUUUAUUAAUUCAAAAAAUUUAGAAAUUCUUUCAAAUUUACAUAUUUGACAAGACUUACAGCAAAAACCAGUUUGAUUCAAGAAUAUAUAUAUAUAUUUAUCAAUAUUUGAGAACUUGUAUUUAAAUAUUACCAGUGUGAACUCCAUUGACUUCAGUGGAUUUCAUUAAAUUCCUUUGAACACGACUGCUCAGAAUGGUCUAAAUUUAUGAAAACUCUGAUUUUUUUUCAUGUAAAUUUUAAGUGUUAGUUAAAUGUUGAGUAAGAGGUCUUUCAUGAUGCUACAUACUGUAUGCUGGGGUGUAAAUUUGAAUAGGUGCUUGAUUAUAAAAUAAAUGGUGCCUUAAAAAGUCCUUGAAUCUGGUGUUCAUGAAAGAGUGGGAACCUUUAUUGUAGUGGCUUACUUUGUAAACAUGAUUUCUGAUUCCAAAUGUGUAGCUGCAAUCUCAUACGGUGUAUCAAGCCAGCCAAUAAAGAUUAGAGCUUGCUGUUUCAAACUGUCAGAAACUUUUUUGCUAAAUUUGUACUUUUGGGGGUACAAUGGUUUUUCAAUGGGACAGAACCCUCAAAAGGAUACCUUUGUACCAUACUUGUGCUAACAUGCACCCUUCAGGGGUAAAGAUGCCCCUAAAUUGUGCAGUAUCUUAGAGUAGUAACGUACCCUUAAUAUAGGAAUAUGUACACUUAUGGUACUAUUAUGAAUCCUUUAGGGGUAAAGAAGUUGCAGAAGUUUGCCUUUUAAGGUACUGCCUCAGUGACAAACCAUUAUACUCCUAAAGGUACAAUAUAUAUAUAUAUAUAUAUAUAUCUUUUCUCAGAGAGUGUGGCAAGUGAUUGCCUUUUGUGUGCAAUAAAGCUUAAAUGGUGGAUGGUGUGUUAACUAAUGUCUGAGUUUCAAAUGACAUACAGCCUCACUUUUUUAUGUUCUCACAUAAUUAACAGUAAUACAGAUUCAGUGUUUUGUUUUGUAAAUUGAAUGUCAGUGUCAGCUGCAUACCGUUAAGUGAUGACUGUUCUUUGGCAAGUUUUUAUGUACAAACAUAUUUCCUUAAAUUAUUUGUUUGUGUGUGUGUUUUUAUAAGAUUUUAUAAGGGAUGUGUUUUGCAUUAUGAUUAUUUUUUUUAAUGUUAUUUUAAUGAAUUUCAAUGCCUUUAUUCUUUAUAGGUGGAUCACUCCUAUUUUCCUAUUUUGAUUGUCCCAUUUGUACUAUUUUCCCAGAUUUAAUUUGUAAACAAGACAAGUUUAGCAGUCAAGCUUUUCUCAUAAAGUCACCAGUAUUGAUAAUUUGCGCAUAAUGCUACUCUUUUAAGAAACUAUAAAUAAACUCAAGCGACAUUAAAAGAGAAGCACAACAUUUUUCCUGUGAACUUGGCAUGGACUAAUUAUGGUUUUAAGAGUAUGAUACUAAAAUGAGUAAAUACAAUAUUUCAACAGAUACUGCAUUAUGAUUCAGCAUUACAUAUGGAUUGGUUUCGGAGGUCUGAUGAUUAAAAUUUGGUUCGCUGAAAACGGUCUCUGAUGUGUUGACCUAUUUGUGUGCUCUUAAUUAUGAGAUAUGUGUAUGAAUAAGAAGAAAAGAAAAAUGCUGACUACUGUAAAUCUAUUUCUGAUUACAUGUUAAGCCAGUGCAGCAGUUUAGCA